AUGUCUAGCAACGCCAAUCCCGCUCUUCAGCACCCCGCCAUCAUCGAAGCGGCCGCGGGGCCUGUGGAUGAGAACGAAUUCGACCCUGUGGACUGGGACGUGUCUUCCGUCGAGUCGGCCUCCGUUACCUCCAGCGUCUAUUCUCACGAGUACGACAAUGGACGUCGCUACCACAGCUACCGCCAUGGCCGCUAUCCUUUGCCAAACGAUGACGAGGAGCAGGGCCGGGAGAACAUGAAGCAUGUGAUGAAUCUUGAACUUUGCGAUGGAAAGUUGUUCUAUGCACCAAUUGGAGACAACCCUCAAAAGAUUAUCGAUAUUGGAACGGGCACUGUCUUGGGCAUCGACCUAUCACCAAUCCAGCCGGGGUGGAUUCCCCCCAACGUCAAAUUCCUCGUGGAUGACGCUGAGGAUGAUUGGCUGAAUGGUGACAACUUUGAUCUGGUCCACUUCCGCAUGAUGGGAAUGUCGCUGAAGAAAAUUGACAAGGUUAUUGCCAGCUCGUACAAGCACUUGAAGAACGGCGGCUGGAUCGAAUUUCAGGAGCUCCACGGAGAAGUCCAGUGCGACGACGGCACCGUUCCGGAAGAUGACACGGUCAAACGCUUCUGGGAAAUGGGCAACGAAGCCUUCAGCCUCUUUGGCCUUCAAUUCCACAAUGCUCGCGAUAUGAAGCCCCGGCUCGAGGCAGCCGGCUUCAAGAACAUCCAAUGCGAGGUGAAGAAAUGCCCCAUUGGAACCUGGCCAAAGGAUCCGACGUUGCGUCUCGUUGGCAAAUACAUGCAAGAAGCGCUCAGCGGUGUUGCUGCAGCCUUUGCCGGUAAGCCUUUCGAGGCGUUGGGUAUUGAGGCGAUUGAGGGGCAGGUAUGGCUGGCGACUCUUAGGAAGGCCAUCAAGGAUAGAAAUGCGCACCGUUACAUGAACCAGUACUUCUGGUACGCACAGAAACCUGAAGAUGCGCCUGAGAACGACGGCCCUGAAGCAGGAUCAUCUGACGGUGAGGCCUGA